CACCAGCACAGCUCCAAGGAGUGGAUCCCUCCCGGAGGGACAGUGGGUGUUUCUGCCCCCCAGCACCCCAGCCAUCGCCAGCCUUCCUCUGGGUGACCUUGGGUGAGGCUCUGCUUGCCUGGAGAGCUGUUGAUUUACAAUGCAGAUUCAGCGCUCCUCGCCUGCCUGUCCCUGCCCCUCCUAAACUGGGCUGGGAUAUAAGAGCUUGUUUGCUCUCCGAUGCCAACCGUGGCCAUGGCAGAACGCCCUGCCACGUGAGAGGCAGAGAUAGAGGAGAGGGGGCUAAGGAGGAGUGAAUUGUGCAGUUGCUCUUGCUUCUGGUAGCUGAGGAGCACAUCUGCAGGACCAUGUCUGUGCUGAACCCUGUCCUGCGGCCCACGGAGGUGAAGGAGUACCUGUGCAAGGGCGACCGCUUCAUCAAAUGGGAUGAUGAAACAUCAAAUGCUUCUCCUGUGAUUCUCCGAGUGGAUCCCCAGGGCUUUUACGUGUACUGGACCUAUCAGAGCACGGAAAGAGAAAUUCUGGAUAUCACCAGCAUCCGAGACACCCGAGCAGGACGAUUUGCCAAAAUGCCCAAGUCCCUGAAGCUCCGAGAGGUUUUUAACUUGGAUUACCCUUACAGCACCUUCCUGCUGAAGAACCUGACAAUCGUAUCUGGCCCUGACAUGGUUGAUCUCACUUUCCAUAAUUUUGUGUCCUACAAGGAGAAUAUUUGCAAGGACUGGGCUGAGGAUAUUAUGGCCAUUGCCCGGAAUCCCCUCACGUACAAUGCUCCCCGCUACACCUUCCUCGAGAAAAUUCUAGUGAAGCUGAAGUUGCAACUGAAUGAGGACGGAAAGAUUCCUGUCCGGAAUAUUUUUCAGAUGUUCCCUGCAGACAAGAAGAGGGUGGAAGAAGCACUAAGUGCUUGUCAUCUGCCAAAUGGCAAGAAUGAUGCCAUCAACCCCGAGGACUUCCCCGAGCCGGUGUAUAAGACGUUCCUCAUGAAUCUGUGUCCACGGCCUGAGAUUGAUGAGAUAUUUACCUCACACCAUCUAAAAGCAAAGCCCUACAUGACCAAAGAUCACUUGGCAAAGUUCAUCAACAAGAAACAGCGUGACACCCGCCUCAACGACAUCCUCUUCCCACCAGCCAAACCUGAGCAGGUGCAGAGCCUGAUAGAGAAGUAUGAGCCCAGCGGGUUUAACAUCCAGAGAGGGCAGCUGUCUCCAGAGGGGAUGGUCUGGUUCCUCUGUGGCCCCGAGAACAACCUGAUAGUGCUGGACAAGCUGAUGCUGUACCAGGACAUGACUCAGCCACUCUCGCACUACUACAUCAAUUCCUCACACAACACCUAUCUGACAGCUGGGCAGUUUUCUGGGACGUCCUCUCCCGAAAUGUACCGCCAGACGCUGCUGGCCGGCUGCCGCUGCGUGGAGCUGGACUGCUGGAAGGGCCGGCCCCCGGAUGAGGAGCCAAUCAUCACCCACGGCUUCACCAUGACAACUGAGAUCCUCUUCAAGGAUGCCAUUGAGGCCAUUGCAGAAAGUGCUUUUAAAACAUCUCCGUACCCUGUGAUCCUGUCCUUUGAGAACCACGUGGACUCGCCCAAGCAGCAGGCAAAGAUGGCCGAGUACUGCCGAACAAUUUUUGGAGACAUGCUGCUGACAGAGCCACUGGAGAAAUACCCGCUGAAGCCAGGAGUUCCUCUGCCAAGUCCUAAAGAUCUCUUAAGGAAAAUCUUGAUUAAAAACAAAAAGAACCAAUCUAUGUCUGGGAAGAGGCAGAACUCUUUGAAGAAAGGGAGGAACAUGGAACCAGAAACUGAGCAGCCAACCUCUGUGGAUGCUGAAGAUACUGUCUGGGCAGGUGAUGUGGCUGAAGAGGAGCCAGAGGAAGAGGAUGAACAGCUCAGAAAUCUGGAUGAAGAGGAAAUUAAAAAGAUGCAGUCAGAUGAGGGCACGGCUGGCCUGGAAGUGACAGCGUAUGAGGAGAUGUCCAGCCUGGUUAACUACAUACAGCCCAUCAAAUUCAACUCCUUCGAGGUCUCUGCCAAGAAGAACCGGAGUUACGUCAUCUCUUCCUUCACUGAGACGAAGGCUUGUGAUCUACUGAGCAAGUUCCCCAUGCAGUUUGUAGAAUACAACAAGUGGCAGAUGAGCCGCAUUUACCCCAAAGGCACCCGGAUGGACUCCUCCAACUACCAGCCCCAGAUGUUCUGGAAUGUUGGCUGCCAGAUGGUGGCACUCAACUUCCAGACCAUGGAUGUCCCCAUGCAGCAGAACAUGGCCCUGUUUGAGUUCAAUGGGCAGUGUGGGUAUCUGCUCAAGCACGAGUUCAUGCGGCGCUCCGACAAGCAGUUCGACCCCUUCUCUGUGGACCGCAUUGAUGGGCUGGUGGCCACUACUGUCUGUGUCACGGUACUCUCUGGUCAGUUCCUCUCGGACCGCAGUGUGAAGACCUAUGUGGAAGUGGAGCUCCUUGGGCUGCCAAGGGAUGCCAAGCGCAAGCACAGAACCAAACUGACCUCCACGGCCAACUCCAUUAACCCGGUGUGGAAAGAGGAGGCUUUUGUUUUUGAAAAGAUCAUGAUGCCUGAGUUGGCAUCCCUCAAAAUUGUGGCUUGGGAAGAAGGAGGGAAGUUCAUUGGCCAGCGUAUCAUUCCCAUCAUUGCAAUGCACCCAGGCUACCACCACGUGUGCCUGCGCAGCGAGAGCAACAUGCCGCUCACCAUGCCCGCCCUCUUCGUGUUCCUGGAGAUCAAGGACUACGUGCCAGAUGCUUGGGCAGACCUCACCAUUGCCCUCUCCAACCCCAUCAAGUUCUUCAACCUGCAGGACAAGCGCUUGGUGAAGCCCAAGGAUACCUCAGGGGAGAGGCCUGGCACACAGACAAACCUCUCAUCUGCUGAGACUAACGGGGUGGCAUGCUUCACUGGGAAACCAAGUAUUCCUCCCUCUAAUGGGUCCACAGGAGCAGCAGUGUUCACCAAGGAUGAAGCUGUGUUAGAAGUAAUGCAGAUGGCAGAGCCUGAGACAAUCACCCUUGCUGAACUGCAGCAGAAGAAACGCUUCCUGAAGCUGCUGAAGAGGCAAGAGAAGGAGCUGAGGGAGCUGGAAUGGAAGGGAAGCAAACAGAGGGAGGAGCUGCUGCAGAAAUACUCUGGGCUCUUUUCAGAGCUGGCCUGCCCUGGGGGCAGGAAAAGGACAAUACGAACAAGGAAAACACAGAAGAAGAGGAGUGUGACCCCAAGUGAUGGUGGUACCAGUGCAAAUCCUGUAAAAGCAGCAGAGAGCAUCGAUUGCCACUGGCUCGUGGAGCUGAGGAAGAGGCUGGAGAUGGACCUCAUCCACCUUGGGGAGGAGCACCACAAUCGGAUCCGAAGGAAGAAAGAGCAGCAUGCUACCGAGCAAGUUGCCAGGAUCCUGGAGCUGGCCAGGGAGAAGCAGGCAGCUGAGCUGCGCGUGCUGCGGGACACGUCAGAAAGCAACAUUAAAGACAUUAAGAAGCGGAUGGAGGCAAAGAGAGUGGAGCGGGUCCAGGCCAUGCUGAGGAAUACCAGUGACAAGGCUGCUCAGGAGAGGUUGAAGAAAGAAAUUAACAAUUCCCACAUUCAGGAAGUGGUGCAGACAGUCAAACGGGUGACAGAGAAGGCUGGCAGGUUCCAGCAGAAACUGGAGGAGAAGCAGGCAGCAAAUCUUCAGUCCAUCAAGGAGAGAGAAAGCCAGCUCCAGCAGCAGGUACGGGUGGAAUAUGAGGAGAAGUUGAGAGCUCUGAACAUGGAGGUUCAGGAGAUGGUGAAGAACUACACCAAAGCCAACUUUACUGGAGAGCCACAGACUGGGAAGGAAGCAGGUCAGAGCAUUCCUGAGGGAGAACAAAGCUCUACAGACCACCUGGAAGGAAAUAUCCCAGUGGCAGAGGUGUCCAGGCUUACACUGGCAAUGACUGAGCCCUUGGGAGCUGGAAUGGAUGUGGAGAUAGAAGAGAGCAUAUUCUGAGAUGAGGCCCUUCCUUACUGUUCAUUGCAAGAAGGUAUAUAGUGAAGUAACAGCUAGCUUCACAAACUACUGCCAUCCUUUUCCAUUCUAGGGAGCUCCUGAAAUCCUUCAGGAAUGUACUACAUUAUCUCAGAUAUCUGGAAACAGUCUGGAGAGCUCACCCUUCAGAGUACUUCACCCUCUGUCUUCCCCAGCCUGAGCUCUGAGGUAUUUCAGCAGUGGGAAAGGCCCUGUGCCUGCAGACCAACUCCCUGUUGGCACCACAGCAGCAGCUACAGGAAUAUUUACUUUGCAUUCAGAACAGUUUUUAGAGUCAGUUCCCUCAUCAUUCCUCACAUGCAUCUCUUCACAUCAGUCGGACUCCUCCUAACAUCUUCCACACGGUUCAAUG